AUGAUGGAGCCUUCUGUGUCUGCUGACAUGCUUCCACAUAACGAGCUAAAUUACUUUGAUAUUGAUGGUGUAUACCAGACAACUUAUAUUUUUUUUCUUGUCACUUUUAGGAUUCUGAGUAACAAUAAAAUAUCGGAGCUGAAGAACGGUUCAUUUUCUGGGUUAAGUCUCCUUGAAAGAUUGGACCUGCGGAACAAUCUUAUUAGUAGUAUAGAUCCCGGUGCCUUUUGGGGCCUUUCAUCACUAAAAAGAUUAGACCUGACAAAUAAUCGAAUAGGAUGUCUGAAUGCAGAUAUAUUUCGAGGACUUACCAAUCUGGUUCGGCUAAACCUUUCAGGGAACUUGUUUUCUUCAUUGUCUCAAGGAACUUUUGAUUAUCUUGGCUCAUUACGAUCUUUAGAAUUUCAGACUGAGUAUCUUUUGUGUGACUGUAACAUACUGUGGAUGCAUCGCUGGGUGAAGGAGAGGAACAUCACUGUGCGGGACACCAGGUGUGUUUACCCUAAGUCUCUGCAAGCCCAGCCAGUCACAGGUGUGAAGCAGGAGCUGUUGACAUGCGAUCCUCCCCUUGAGUUGCCAUCCUUCUACAUGACUCCGUCUCACCGUCAAGUCGUGUUUGAAGGAGAUAGCCUUCCCUUCCAGUGUAUGGCUUCCUAUAUUGACCAGGACAUGCAAGUCCUGUGGUAUCAGGAUGGGCGAAUAGUUGAAACUGAUGAGUCCCAAGGCAUCUUUGUUGAAAAAAACAUGAUUCACAACUGCUCACUGAUUGCAAGUGCCCUAACCAUUUCUAAUAUUCAGGCUGGAUCUACGGGAAAUUGGGGCUGCCAUGUCCAGACCAAACGUGGUAACAAUACGAGAACUGUGGAUAUUGUGGUGUUAGAAAGCUCUGCACAGUAUUGCCCGCCAGAGAGGGUGGUAAACAACAAAGGUGAUUUCAGAUGGCCCAGAACUUUGGCAGGCAUUACAGCCUAUCUUCAGUGUUCCCGGAACACCCAUGGCAGUGGGAUCUAUCCCGGCACCCCACAGGAUGAGAGAAAGGCGUGGCGCAGAUGUGACAGAGGAGGCUUUUGGGCUGAUGAUGACUAUUCUCGUUGCCAGUAUGCAAAUGAUGUUACUAGAGUUCUUUACAUGUUCAACCAGAUGCCGCUCAAUCUUACCAACGCAGUAGCCACAGCUCGGCAACUGCUGGCUUAUACUGUGGAAGCAGCCAACUUCUCUGAUAAAAUGGAUGUCAUAUUCGUGGCUGAAAUGAUAGAAAAAUUUGGAAGAUUUACCAAAGAGGAAAAAUCAAAAGAGCUAGGUGACGUCAUGGUAGACAUAGCAAGCAACAUCAUGUUGGCUGAUGAACGUGUGCUGUGGCUGGCCCAGAGGGAAGCGAAAGCCUGCAGUAGAAUUGUUCAGUGCCUGCAGCGCAUUGCCACGCACCGGCUGGCCAGCGGAGCUCACGUGUACUCCACCUAUUCACCCAAUAUUGCUCUGGAAGCCUAUGUCAUCAAGGCAGCCGGAUUCACGGGGAUGACCUGCACCGUGUUCCAGAAAGUGGCCACCUCCGACCGCACAGGGCUGGCAGACUACGGGAGGCGGGACCCCGAUGGAAACCUAGACAAGCAGCUGAGCUUUAAGUGCAACGUCUCCAACACGUUCCUGAGCCUGGCACUGAAGAAUACAGUCAUGGAGGCCUCUAUUCAGCUGCCUCCUUCCCUCUUCUCACCAAAGCAUAAGAGAGAAGUCAAACCAACAGAUGACUCCCUCUUUAAGCUUCAGCUCAUCGCGUUUCGCAAUGGCAAGCUUUUUCCCGCCACUGGAAAUUCCACAAACUUGGCAGAUGACGGGAAGCGGCGCACAGUGGUCACCCCUGUGAUUCUCACCAAAAUAGAUGGUGUGAGCAUAGAUACCCACCACAUCCCAGUUAAUGUGACUCUGCGUCGAAUCGCGCACGGAGCAGAUGCCGUAGCAGCCCAGUGGGACUUUGACUUGCUGAAUGGACAGGGCGGCUGGAAGUCAGAUGGGUGCCGUAUCCUCUAUUCUGAUGAAAACAUCACCACGAUUCAGUGCUACUCCCUCAGUAACUACGCAGUCUUAAUGGAUUUGACAGGAUCUGAACUGUAUACCCCAGCAGCCAGUCUCCUGCACCCUGUGGUUUACACGACUGCAGUCAUUCUCCUCUUGUGCCUCUUGGCUGUCAUUGUGAGCUACAUAUACCAUCACAGUGUGAUCAGGAUCAGCCUCAAGAGCUGGCAUAUGCUUGUGAACCUGUGCCUCCAUGUUUUUCUGACCUGUGUGGUCUUCGUAGGAGGGAUAACCCAAACCAGAAAUGCCAGCGUCUGCCAAGCAGUGGGGAUAAUUCUUCAUUAUUCUACCCUUGCCACAGUACUAUGGGUGGGAGUAACCGCUCGAAAUAUUUAUAAACAAGUCACUAAGAAAGCUAAAAGAUGCCAAGAUCCCGACGAGCCUCCGCCUCCGCCGAGACCCAUGCUCAGGUUCUACCUGAUUGGUGGUGGAAUUCCCAUCAUUGUUUGUGGGAUAACAGCGGCAGCAAACAUCAGGAAUUACGGCAGUCGGCCAAGUGCACCCUAUUGUUGGAUGGCAUGGGAACCCUCCUUGGGAGCCUUCUAUGGACCUGCCAGUUUCAUCACUUUCGUAAAUUGUAUGUAUUUUCUAAGCAUAUUUAUUCAGUUGAAAAGACACCCUGAGCGCAAAUACGAGCUUAAGGAGCCCACAGAGGAGCAGCAGAGACUGGCAGCCAAUGAAAAUGGUGAAGUAACCCAUCAGGACUCGAUGUCUUUGUCUCUGAUAUCUACGUCAGCCUUGGAAAAUGAGCACACUUUUCAUUCUCAGCUCCUGGGGGCCAGCCUCACAUUGCUCUUGUAUGUUGCCCUGUGGAUGUUCGGGGCCUUGGCCGUUUCAUUGUAUUAUCCCUUGGACUUAGUUUUCAGCUUCUUUUUUGGAGCCACGUGUUUGAGCUUCAGUGCUUUCGUCAUGGUUCACCAUUGUGUCAGCAGGGAGGAUGUCAGACUCGCGUGGAUCAUGACUUGCUGCCCUGGACGGAGCUCCUACUCAGUGCAGGUCAAUGUGCAGGCCCCCAACUCCAGUGGGACGAACGGCGAGGCACCCAAGUGCACCAAUAGCAGUGCAGAGUCUUCAUGCACCAACAAAAGUGCAUCGAGCUUCAAAAAUUCCUCCCAGGGCUGCAAGUUAACAAACCUUCAGGCCGCUGCCGCGCAGUGCCAUACCAACUCCUUACCUUUGAACUCCACGCCUCAGCUCGAUAAUAGUCUAACGGAACAUUCGAUGGACAACGAUAUUAAGAUGCAUGUGGCACCUGUGGAUGUACAGUUUCGAACAAAUGUGCACCCAAGUCGCCAUCAUAAAAACCGAAGUAAAGGCCACCGGGCAAGCAGACUCACCGUCCUAAGAGAAUAUGCCUACGAUGUCCCAACCAGCGUGGAAGGAAGUGUGCAGAACGGCAUGCCUAAAAGCCGGCAGGGCAAUAAUGAGGGCCAUUCACGAAGUCGGAGGGCUUAUUUAGCCUACAGGGAAAGACAGUACAACCCGCCCCAGCAAGACAGCAGUGAUGCUUGUAGCACACUUCCUAAAAGUAGCCGAAAUUUUGAAAAGCCUGUUUCAACUAGCAGUAAAAAGGAUACAUUAAGGAAGUCAACCGUGGUCGAACUUGAAAGUCCACAGAAGUCUUAUGGCCUCAACUUAGCUGUUCAGAAUGGACCAAUGAAAAGCAGUGGGCAGGAAGGACCCACCUCACUCAGUCCUGAUAGCACUGGCAAUGUUAGGACUGGGUUAUGGAAACACGAAACUACUGUGUAGUGUCGCUGGGUAUCCUUGGCAGAAAUUGAUACGAACUGCAAUUGGCACAUUCCUUUAAGCUAUGGACAUUCAACAAACCAAACUGUUUACAGUGACUUUAGGGAUUGGAAACAAUUUUGAAUUUUGGAUUUUACUUAUUUUAUGUCCCUACAUUGUUGCCUUUUUUUUUAAAGGAAAAUGAAAGACUCCUUUAAACCAUUAUUUUUACAUUUCAAAGUACCAACAGGAUAUUUUGGGAACCUGAACUGUAAUUUCCUAGAAUCUGUAAUAAUAUCUACUUAACAUUUCAAGCUUGUAUUUAAUAAAAUAAUAGGUAUUUGUCUUUGUGUCA